CACCCGCACCGGACAUGGAAAGCCUGUCAAGUUGAUCACGUUCCGUUCACGACUGCGCCGAUUUACUUUUCCAAGGCGAUGCAUGUGGGGCUUGCAAAUUGACUCGAGGUCUUGUCCAAUACAAUGACAAUGCGGGUUUCAGGCUUGAGGCAAUGCAUGACACCAAAGAAAUCAAGAUCAUGGAAUAUAGUCACCACCGUAAUUUUAGUCAUCAUGCAUUGCAGGUGGUUCACAAAGGCCUGCCAUUGACCACACUAUCGGCGUCUUAGCUUCAGCACUUGAAGAUGAGCAAUAAUUCAGCCCUCUUAGAUGGCUGAGAAAUUACACUAAAGGAUUCAAACGCAGUCAAACGCGUUUAUUGAAGCUGUGGAUCAUAAGACGAGCCUUACUCUCCUCUGUGCACCGGAUUCGAGAUUAUAUUCUAAAACAUCUCUUUCUUGAAACGUGCUAUGAACUAAACUUGUAGUGUAAAGACAUUAUCAACAAUCCUGAGGAGCUUUCGAGCAACACAUCUAUAAGAAGCUCAAGUUAAGAACAAUACCCUGGUCUACUAUGUCCUCUCAAUAGCUAAAGAAAGCUUACAACGCUUGCCUUAGCUUUCUAAGCUUUUUGUAGUGAUUUCUGGCCACUUCAAUCAUGACUCGCAGUCCAAUCGCAUUCGGGGUCUUUCUCUUCGGUUUGGUUUCGACGAUUGUGUUUGCUUCGGAUCCUGAGCCAACGACUGAUUUUGUCCUUCCACGAGGUGUAGACUCUGCGAUUCUCGAUGGCAAUUAUUUCACCUCCACAAUCCUGAGAAACGACACAAUGGGAUCAGGACCUUACUCGACGACGACCCAAGUCUCUGUUGAAAAUUUUCCAGCUCUACAAGGAUUGGGCAUAUCCAUGUCACUCGCUCGGUAUUCACCCGGAGCCGUUGUGAGACCCCAAAUACAUCCUCGGGCCACGGAGCUUCUCUACGUUUUGGAAGGAACACUGGAUGUGGGCUUUAUCGACAGCACCAACAAGUUGUUCAGGCAGACCCUCCAGACAGGGGAUCUGUGGCUGGUGCCCCAGGGAAUGGUUCACUUUCUCAGUAAUCUCAACGACACCAGCGAAGCAAGGGCCGUGGCAGCAUUCACCCGCUCAAAUCCAGGGUAUAUUGAUGUAGCUGCAAGUAUUUUCGGAUCGAACGAGCGAAUUUCGAAACAGGUCCUUUCCAAGUCCUUCAAGGUUUAUGAAAGUGUCAUACAAACUCUGUUUGAAGCUCAAGAACAAGAACCCAUCUCGAGCUCAGUGAGAGCUUCUCCGUGAACUCAGUUGGCCGUUCUCAGAUGCAGCCUUUUUGUAACUCAUACUCAGAGUCACAAAAGAAUUCCCAACAACCCUUUCAUCCACCAGCAGUAUAUAUCCUCUGUAGUCUAGUUUAUGCUUUGUGAUCUGACAAGAAGUUUGAAAGGAAGUACGUUCAAUAUCUUAUUCAGCAGCUGAACUUCUCCAGCUACUGUGUUUGAAAAUGUCAAAAUUUUCAAUUUUCAAACUCUGCUCACUUGUCGGACAACUUAGACUACGUUCACUUUACAAAAGCAUUUGUAAAUGUUGCUUGUGUCCGUUCGAAGGACUGCAGGUAGAACAUUCAGAUGACUAUUGGUCACAUCAUCUGCUGAACAAUUUUUUCGUCCG